AUGUCGAUUACGGUAGAUGCCUACUGUGAAUAUGGAACUGAAUACAAAAAUGCAACCGGAUGUUUCCAAUUCUUCCGUACUCCACUAAACUUCACGAAUGCCGUUCGAUUUUGCCGUGUCAAUAUGAAAUCAACUCUCGUUCGUCCAGUAUCAUUCAUCCGGAAUCAACAAUUACAACAGGCUGCAAUGAAAUUGGGAAUAGAAGAAUAUUGGAUUGGAGCAUCAAAUGUGGAUAACGAUUGGGAAUGGUUAGAUGGAAGUAUGUUGACUUAUUCGAAUUUCGACGUCGGAGCAGGGUAUCCAAAGAAAACAGAAUCACAAAUUGGAGCAGUGUCAAUGGGUUCACUUUCUGGUCUUUGGUAUACUAAACUUGAUGCAAUGAUGCUGCCUUUUGUUUGUGAAUUCCCGAUUUCCACUCAGUUUGAUAAUGGUGUACUGUAUCGUGCUCCAAAACUACAGAGUCUCAUCUUCCCAUCAGCUGGGACAAAAGCACCAAUGUUACUUGUUGAAUCAGUGGAUCAAUCAAGUCUUUAUAAUAAAAUCGGUCCGAAAAAGAAUGAGAUGGAAACUGGAGAAAAGGUUUAUUUGAAACCAAUUGAUAUGAGUGCAGCAGGAAUGUCUGGAUUCAGUGGACAACCGAUUGUCAUAAUGAACACUUUCAAAAGAAAAGUUAAAGUGAAGCCAGUUGUUGUUUCACAAACCGAAACUGAAAUGGCUCGAACAUUGAAGGAAAAAGAAGAAAUCGAGGAUUCGACAAAUGCGAAAUCUGUUUUGAAUGUUGGAGGGAAUGCUGCUGCUAGAAAUGGAACAUCGAUGACUGAAGAGAUGAGUUCAAACUCAAAAGCAAAAAGAGAACGCGAAGAAAAUGAAUCAAUUCGUUCAAAGACAAUUCAAAUAUCUCGUGGAUGA